UUGAAUCAUAAUUAUUGUUAACAAAGCGAUUUCGACCUUAAAAAAAAACCGAAACCGUAAUUUGUUUCUUUUCUUCCUCUUUCCGGCAUCGGAGACAAUGCCGUCGUCGGAAGUUAAACCCUCCCUGCCGGUAAAUCUAGCUUCCUCUCAGAAAUUUUCAAGAGACAAAGCUCUCCGCGUUCUCUUACAAUCAUGGCGAUCCCAAAACAUUCUCCCCCAAAACGUCGCCAAAAAGCUCUGGAAAGGUAUCUUCGACUGCGUCUACCACUCCGACAACUCUCUCGUUCAAGCUGAUCUCAUCGAUCGCAUCGCUUCACAUCUCUCAACAUUUCGUCAUCUUCCUCUCUCGCUGCAGUAUUUCUCCACAUUCUUCCUCACCAUGCGCCGCGAAUGGUCCGGUAUCGAUUCCGUUAGGUUAGACAAAUUCUAUCUCCUUAUUCGUAGGUUUAUAUCAAGCUUUUUGCAUUUACUUGAUAAGAAUUCGUGGAAUUUGGAUUUGGUUAAUCUUUUUAUGAAUUGUUUGGAUAAGUCUACUUUUUCUGCGAAAGAUAGGUUUGUUCAGGGAAACGGUGUUAAUUAUCACGUUGCUUCUGUUUUUCUUCAAGAGGUUAAGCCUUUUCUUCCGAUUAAGUUGUCUGUUUUAGAAGUGCUUUUUAGGCCGUUUUUCUCUGCGGUAGGUAAAUUGCAUGAUAAGGUUUUGUUAGGGAAGAUUAAGAGUGGUUUUUUUGAUGUGCUGUUGAUGAAUGGGAGAAUUUUGUUGGAGGUUAAGAAAGGUGGGAAGGAAAGUGGUGAUGUUGUGAAUUUGGGAACAAUAGCCUUGGUUAUGGGUUUUUCUUCCAGGUUAUUUGAGUUGGCUUCUGCCACUGAUUGUGUUCAGGGGAAUAGAAAGGUUUUGUUUGAAUUGCAUCAUGAGUUCUUGAAGCUGGAGAAGGAUGUUGUUAAUUCCGGGUUCGAGUUUUCACUUCCUGAUUCUGUUGAUCGGGUAUUGCUGGAUUCGGUCCCCAUUGUUGAGGUUGGUGAUGGGUUAGGCAAGAAGGAUUCGGUUGACAAAGUGAAAAAGCCAAAAAAGAACAAGAGGAAGAUUAAGAAGAGUGAUGCAGAAGCAAGUUUGGAUGAUGGUGUUGCUACUGGGGUUGUAUCUAAGAAGAGAAAGAGAAUAGAGAACUCUAAAGGAGAGACAUCUCAGGGGGGUGUAUGUAAGAAGAGAAAGAGAACAGAGAACUCUAAAGGAGAGACAUCUCAGGAAUUUGAUUUGAACACUGCAGAUGUGGAAGAUGUCUCUGCAGUCGCAAAGAGCGCGGAGAAGAGUUCUAAGAAAGUAAAAUUUUCCAUGGAAAGUAACUUGGUCUGGAAGCAACACACUCCUUUACCUCCCCAGAGCUUGAGAAUCCCCCCAUCUGCCACACCCAGAGGAAGUGCACUAAAAAAGGGUUUAUCCCCGGGCCCCAUCAGGGAAACGCCUCUCCCGGCCAAAAAGGAAAAACGGAAGAAGCCCAGGAAGGCCAAAAAACGUUUGAUGAAAUUAGUGGAUUUCGCUAAAGUUUUUAUGGGAUGAUAUUUCCCUGACUUACUUUGUCAAUUGGUUAUUGUUAUGAAAAUUUGAAACUUCAUUAUAAUAGUAAAUUUCUGUACCAAUGAAAAGAAAAUUGACUUUUAGCUUAGAGAGCUAAUCUCUUUGAUAUUGUAAUGUUUAAUAAUGCGUGGAUCAUCUACAUAUCCAUGUUGUUUCUUGCUAUCUUAUUAUUAUUAUUAUUAUUAUUAUUA